GACGAUCGCGUUCGUCGCAUGUCUAAUCCCACAAUGAAUAGCCCCGAUGAUGGCUCGCACAAGCGUAAGAGAACCGGCUCGGAGGAUCUAGGUCCUGAUCCCCAGCGUCUCAACCGCUCGUCCCACGGUAGCAACGGCAGCAUGGGCGACAACCAACACAACUUCGGUCACAGUCUUGGCAACUAUGACCACGGACUCCCCAACACUGGAGCCGAAUUGAACAUCGAUCAACAGAUCUUGCAACACGUCGGCCCACAGAACGGCCUGUCGGAUGACAAUGCGUUAACCGCUAAUGCCAAAGCCGCUUUGGCCGCACACACACCCCAACACAAGUACCCACCUCCCCCGGACGCUGGCUUCGAUGCCAGCAACCUCACCCAAGGACUGUCGUUUGGUGAUGAUAUGAACCAGACGCCCAUGGGUGGCGGCCACAACCACAACUCCACCGCUGCUGCGGUCUACGCUGCGCGUGAGGCCCAGAGCAUGAACCAGAAGCCUACCGUGGGCUCUCCUGAGUGGCACCAGAUUCGUAAAAAUAACCACAAAGAGGUUGAGCGUCGACGUCGUGAAGCGAUCAAUGAGGGUAUCAACCAGAUCGCCCGCCUCGUGCCAAACUGUGACAAGAACAAGGGCGCGAUACUCCAACGCGCCAUUGAAUAUAUCCAUCAACUACAGGAAGAGAAGAGGGGUGUCGAGGAGCAGUUUGAAAAGCACAGUCUGACGACCAAUCAAGUGAUCAACGAGCUCGGCGGUUCGUGUCAGAAGCUGAAAGGCGAGGUUGGCCGACGCAACGGCAUCGCCCUGAAGUGGCUGACCCGUUGCCGGGACGCGGGCCUGGAGUUUGAUGACUAUGAAGAGUCCAAGCAGUUAGAGACACUGGAGAUGGAAUAA